CUGGAAGACAAAACCUAAGACGUGGAAAAUCCAGACAAUCCCUUUUUCAAUUGGAAGAGGAUGGUACGUCCUGCUGGGCUUUUGUUUCCUGUGAGAGGAAAACUUCAAUCACUUCAACUCUCUGUCUUCAUUGGUCCUUUUACCGUUUCAUGAGGUCCCUCAAGGUGUCGACUGAUUGGUCCUUCUUUCCACUUGGAAGACUUGUCAGCCAAUCAGCCUCUGCCUGGCAGUGUCUCCUCUGCAGCAGAUUUCUGCUUCAGUCGGGACAGAGCACAACAAGACAGCGAGAGAGGGGAGAGAUCGAGCUGCACUGCAGCUGAAUCAGGGAUUCUGCACAAGUGAUCUCCAUCAUGGAGGUGCCGAGGAGGCCUCAGCCCUCCUCCUUCACACUGGCUCUCCCUAAACCAGCCUCGUCUGCGCUGUCUCCGCUUGGAGCUGUAAAGAAAGUCGCCAAGAAAGAUCCCAUGAAAGAGAAGCUCCAGGAGAAGGAUGGAACCACAGAGAGAAAUCAAUUUGGAGAGGAGACAUGCAGUACAGAGGAGUCAGAUGUGUCCGUGUUUGUUGAAGAAGCAGCAGCCGAGACCUCUGAACUUGUAGAUUCAAACGCUUCCGCUGUAAACUCAAGACUUUCCUCGCAGGAUAGUUUCUCAGAGGAAAGCUCAAUAUCAGAGGAGAGGUUAGCACAGGAGGCUGAAGAGGCCAAAAAGAAGUCGGAAGAGGAUGAAGCAGCAGCUAAAGAGAGAGAGGCCCAGAGACAGCUGCUGGCCAUAGAGGAGCUGGUUCAGUCUGAGAGGAAUUAUCUCCGACUGCUGCAAGUUAGCACUGUGACCAUCCGGAGCAACCUGCAGAAACUACAGCCUCCUCUAGCCAACCUGGACAGCAUGUUUCUCUACAUCGAGGAGGUGAUCGACGUGUCCGGUCGACUCCUCAGCUUGUUGGACCAGAAGCAGGUUCGGCCUGGAGACCCUCUCUUCCUGGAAACACUCUGUGAUUCCUUCCUCAGCCUGUCCUCAGAGAUUGAAGCAGCCUAUAAGGAAUACUUGGCCAACUACAACCACAUUACAGUGGUGGAGAACAGCUACAAACAGAAGGAGGGGCUCUGGAACGAGAUUGUCAGCGUCAUCAAGGCCUCAGCGCCUGAAGUAAAUGCCACCUCUCUGAGUUUCUUCCUGGUGAUGCCAGUGCAGCGUAUCGCCCGUUACCCCCUCCUCCUGCAGACCAUACAGAAACACACCGACCGAGCUCACCCAGCUUAUGCACUCCUGGAGCAGACUGCUCACACCUCUAUUGCCUUAAACUGUCGGAUCAAUGAGUACAAACGCUUCAGAGAAGUUGCUGACAAAUACAAGAAGACAGAAACCCUAACCAUCAAGGACAAGAUCAACCGCCUCAACUCCCACAGCAUUGCCAAGAAGACAGCGAGGCUUAGCCAACAGAUCAAACACGAGACUGGAAUAGCACCUAAGCUGGUUGAUGAAGAGUUUGACGCCCUGGAGGGCUUCUUUUACGUUCUGGAGCAUGGGAUCCUGGAGCUCCUUGAGAAUGUGGAGACAUACCUGCACCACCUACAGGGGUUCCUGGCCUGCAAAACAGAGGAGUUUGACUUUGAUAUGGAUGGAGAGAAGGCUCCUAUUAGUUACAAGGAGAUCACUACAGCGCUCAGACAGUGGAUUCUUCCUACAUUUGAGAAGAGGAUGAGGACGUUGAUGCACAAGCCGCUGUGUGCACUCCGUGACCUCCUGGUGGGCCCGAGGAACCUGAUCAGGAAGAGGCUGGACAAGCUGCUUGACUAUGAAAUGAUAGAAGCCAAAUCUAAUCUGAGCUACGAGGAGCAGGCUGUGGCCAACACCUACAGGACAAUCAAUACUUUGCUCCUUAACGAGCUUCCUCGGUUCAACGGUUUAGCUCUGCAGAUGAUCUGGAGCAUGUUGGGGACGUUCAGCUGUCUGCAUAAAGACCUGGCCUCAGACAUGGAACAGCUUUUCCAGAGCUUUGCACAACAGCUGCCUCACAGCUCUCUCAGCCCCGGUGCAUUCUGGGAGUGGGCAGAGUCUGGAGUGUUGGAAGGGGCGAGGAGGCUGGAGACUCUGUGUCGAAGUGUGGAGGACACACUCAAUGCGCCUGUCGUUCAGCCUCUGAGCCCAUCCUCGCAGCGCCGUCUGAAGCAGCUAACAGAUAAGCACGGCUCUGGAAAGAUCUAUCAGGUGAUAGGGACGGUGGUGGGCAGCCGAGACCUGGACCUAAACCUGGCCAAAGGGGAGCUGGUGGCCAUUAUCAGUGAGGCUGACACCCGUGGAGACAAGCGGAGAUGGCUGAUUGAUGCAGGAGGUAGAAGAGGCUACGCUCCUUCCUCAAAGCUGAUUCGCUAUCAUCAGCCUGCAGAGGACCCGCCUCCUUCGCCACACCUGACCCUGCCAGAAGACAUGACGGGAAUCAGGAGACACUCCUACACGCCAGAGAACCGGCCACUGACGGUCAUGAGCCAGCCUUGCUUCCAGGUGAUGGCAGCCUAUGACUUCAUAGCAAGAGGAAACCAUGAAGUUUCUAUGCGGGCUGGGGAGCCAGUCCGGGUCCUGGAGCACCACGACAAACGAGGGAACCCUGAAUGGAGCCUGGUGGAGGUGAAAGGUGGGCAGAGGGGCUACGUGCCUUCCAACUACCUCGCCAUCAUGCCUAUGGGGAUGGGACCGCCUGGCUGUCACCAGCCCUACUGAUAAGAAGAAAGGGUAGAAGGGAAACCAGCAGCAUCUACAGCAUCAGUGUGUACAGUACAGCAAGGCUUUCACCCAUACUGUCUUUUAGAAGGCUUAAAGUGGCAGGUUUGUGAUCAAGCUGCACCUGCUUCUCAAAGCUGAUGGAAGCAUGUACGCUUUCCACAUCAUGACCAUCAUUUAUUUAGAUUUUAAGUGUCAAAAUCAGUUUUCAAACAGUCAUAGACCCACUGAUCUAUAAUCUACUAAUCUAUAAUUAUGCAAUGCUACUGUGUGAGCACUAAAAAGGCCAAAUUCUGUUAGUAGACUGCUUUCAAUUUACAACGGGAAUAUUUAAAUUUCUCUCCAUGCCUUUUCCUACAACUGUGCAAACCAGUGUGUUGAGAAAGGAAAUGAAAGUAAAAGAAAAAUUAAGUUUACUUAAUUUUACCUUUUAUACAAGUAUGGGAUUAUUGGCCUUCUUCUUCUGCACUAACUAACUUUUUUAAACAUCUCACUGCUAUAUGCCAUCCAUGCUCUAGCCAAACUUCUAAAAUGACUUAACGUUGCAACAGUGUGAAAAUGGCAGAAAGUUGCUCAGCAAAAUAAGCAGAAACAGGUGCUGGAUCAAAGCAGCUGGAGCAUGUGCAAUAGAAAACAUUUAUAUAUUUGUACUUGUUGUAAGGUUUCAGAGUUGACAGUAAAACCUGUGGAACAAUCUCGAAUGUUAGUGUAGGUGGAAAAUCUCUGAUAUAUGAACAGUGUUUUAGGUUAUUUCUGGCUUCGGCUCCUUAGAAUCCUCUGGCCUUUACAAGUGUUAAUGUGUGUCACACUGGGGGGAAAAAAAACUGGAGAAAGCAGCAGCCCCAGAGGUGGUAAUUAUAUGCUCAUGCUCAUGGACACUUGGGCAGCGUGUAUGCCUGUGAAGACAGAAUUUAACCCUGUAUCUAAAGGCUAAAGAACAAUCAUUAUGUUGCACUGCAAUUUCUUUAUGAGCAGUGUUUAAAAAAAAAAACAGAAGUGCCACAAAAAAUGGGAAAAUAUUUUUGAAGGUGAGAGGGGUUCAUUUGAGAUGUACUUGAAGAGAGGUCUCUGGAUAUAAAGACCCUUGGGCUCAUUUCCCACGAGCCUCAGUGGCAGACUGCAUGUUCUUGCUCGAGUGUCCAUGUGUUAGCAAGCUAACCAGAACACUUAGACACACAUAGAGCAAAAAAGAAAGUGUGUGCAUCUGUGUGUGUGUGUGCAUCUGUUCGAUGUGAAAUUGGGCUGACAGGUGAGUGUGUGUGAUACUGUGUGUGUAUGUGUGUGUGUGUGUGUGUGUGUGUGUGUGUGUGUGUGU